AUGGCUUCUGGAGGAGCCCAACUAGCGGAUAUGUUGGUCAAGUCAAACAGUACUGAGAUAAUCGUGCUAGAAUCAUGUCUUUAUGCGCUUAUUUUAUCAGCGUUGCUUUUUGGAAAUUUAAUUACUCUGUUAGUCCUUGUUUUGAACCGUCGAAUGCGAACAGUUCCUAACAUGUUUGUGGCAUCGCUCGCUAUAACAGACUUGAGUGUGGGAAUUUUUGCAAGUAUUUUAUCGUUUUAUUCGGGAAUAACUUCCCAUUGGUGUUUUGGAGACGAAAUGUGCCAGUUCCAGGGUUUUAUAUCGGUAACUUUUGCAUUGGCCUCGAUUCACACAAUGGCAUUGAUGGCGGUGAAUAGAUAUUUUCGAGUCGUCAAACCAGCAAAAUAUCGACAGCUCUUCACCAAGAAAAAAACGAUGAUCAUGAUUGUGACCGUAUGGAUUUAUUCUAUGUGCUCUCCUUUGUAUUACAUCCUCAGUGGGCAAAAAAUGGUGUACCAUCCUUUCAAGUAUUUCUGUAUUCUUCAACAGUUUGAAGGUAACAGAUUAUUUGAAGCCAUUAAAUCGGUAGUUUACAUAGGUAUUCCAAGCUUCGUAAUAUUUUUUUCCUAUAGCAGAAUCUUCCAGACAGUUCGUAACCAUAACCUCAAUUUCAGCCCCUCUAAUGGUACAAGGAGCUCUGUGAACGUGGAGGAAAUUAAAGUAACUCAUACGUUGUUCGUGAUCGUAGUUUGUUUUCAUAUUUGUUGGCUUCCUAUUCUUGCCAUUGAUUUAGUCGAUAUAAUUCACGGGAGAUGGAUUUCUCCUCGCGAGGUUUACCUUGCAUAUAGCUUCUUGGGCACUAUAAGCAGCGCGGUGAAUCCCAUUAUAUUAGUUUUAAUUAACAGAAAGUUUCGGAGAGAAUAUUUGAAGGUGCUUCGUUGCAGCUACUGCCUCAAUCAAAGAGUCGCACCCAUUGUUAUUAUUGGAUAA